GAUGCUGGUGCUGCUGGCCGCCGGCGUGGCGCUCGCCGUGGCCGCCGCCGCCGCCGCCCAGGACGGCCCGGCGCCCGGCAGCCGCUUCGUGUGCACCGCGCUGCCCCCGGAGGCGGCGCGCGCCGGUUGCCCGUUGCCCGCGAUGCCCAUGCAGGGCGGCGCGCUGAGCCCCGAGGAGGAGCUGCGGGCCGCGGUGUUGCAGCUGCGCGAAACCGUCGUGCAGCAGAAGGAGACGCUGGGCGCGCAGCGCGAGGCCAUCCGCGAGCUCACGGGCAAGCUGGCGCGCUGCGAGGGGCUGGCGGGCGGCAAGGCGCCGGGGCGGGCGGCCACGGGCAAGGACACCAUGGGCGAUCUGCCGCGGGACCCGGGCCACGUCGUGGAGCAGCUCAGCCGCUCGCUGCAGACCCUCAAGGACCGCCUGGAGAGCCUCGAGCACCAGCUCCGAGUGAAUGUGUCCAAUGCAGUGCUGCCCAGCGACUUCCGAGAGGUGCUCCAGCAGCGGCUGGGGGAGCUGGAGAGGCAGCUGCUGCGCAAAGUGGCGGAGCUAGAGGAUGAGAAGUCCCUGCUCCACAAUGAGACCUCCGCUCACCGACAGAAAACCGAGAGCGCCCUGAACGCUCUGCUGCAGAGGGUGACGGAGCUGGAGCGGGGCAACAGUGCUUUCAAGUCUCCCGAUGCAUUCAAGGUCUCCCUCCCUCUCCGGACAAACUACCUGUAUGGCAAGAUCAAGAAAACACUGCCUGAACUGUAUGCCUUCACCAUUUGCCUGUGGCUGCGAUCCAGCGCUUUGCCGGGCAUUGGCACCCCGUUCUCUUAUGCGGUACCCGGGCAGGCCAAUGAGAUUGUGCUGAUAGAAUGGGGUAACAACCCCAUUGAGCUGCUCAUCAAUGACAAGGUUGCACAGCUGCCCCUGUUUGUCAGUGAUGGCAAGUGGCACCAUAUCUGUAUCACCUGGACGACACGGGACGGCAUGUGGGAAGCUUUCCAGGAUGGGGAGAAACUCGGCACUGGGGAGAACCUGGCUCCCUGGCACCCCAUCAAGCCAGGGGGUGUACUGAUCCUUGGGCAGGAACAGGACACUGUUGGGGGCAGGUUCGAUGCCACGCAGGCGUUCGUGGGGGAGCUCAGCCAGUUCAACAUCUGGGACCGCGUCCUUCGUGCACAGGAAAUUAUCAACAUUGCCAACUGCUCCACGAACAUGCCCGGCAACAUCAUACCCUGGGUGGACAACAAUGUUGAUGUGUUUGGAGGGGCUUCGAAGUGGCCUGUGGAGACCUGCGAGGAGCGUCUCCUUGACUUGUAGCUACUUUCUGCUCUGUCUAGGAGGCCAGGGCUGGGCUAUUGCCAUUGGAAGUGCAAGGCCACCUCCUCCCCCAGUUAAACUGUGUACAAAGCCCCUGCCAGAAUGGGCUGGGGCCCCCAAAGCUCAUUCCCAGGGAAUCUCAAAGGCCGAGGCUCUGUGGCAGCGCUUGUCACUGGAUUCUUUGUUCUUUCCUGAGAUUGUGUUGUGGUCAGGGGGGAGGGGGAAGAAGCCCUGAGCUGCAGGUGGGCAAAUCUGACUGCCUACUGGGGGAGGGACGGGGGCGCAGGGGGAUCGAGGCCCCUGAGGCUCCAUGCAGAGCCCCUGAAAUUGCUAGUGCACUGUAGCUUUGCCCGCCCUCCUGGAUCCCCGAUGUCUCGUGUGCACCUUCCAUCUGUCCCUUUUAAAGGCUGUGCGGCCAUCCUGCUGGAGUAUCUGUGUCCCUUGUGUGAUAAGUGUACCCUGCUGUCCCUUGAGCACGCAGCAAAGCAGCCCCCGCCGCCCACAGAAGGACUUUUCUCUUGGUGUUCUUUACGCCGUGAGGAACUCUUCCGCUGGAGGAUGGAGGAGGGCAGGGUGCCCAGACAUGGCCCUGCCUUUGCCAAGGUGGAGGGGGCUGGGAGCAGAACCCAUAAGGAGUUCUGGAGGAGGGCCGAGGCAGCUGUCCCUCCCAGUCCGUCACCUCUCCCUCAGACUGAUGCUUUGAUGGAAUCAGCGCUGGGAAUGGCUUCUUUGAAAAGCCUCUUUUCUCCACGGUGCCAAAAGUUCAGUUGCAGCUUCUAUAACCAUUCGAUAUGGCCAGGGGGGAUUUAUUUUUUCCCAACAGAGAAGAACAGCCAUUAGCAGCCUUCCAUUUUUGAUGUCUCGCCCCACUGUGAGGAAUGUGCUAGUUUUAAUUCACGUUGAUUCCUGUAAGCAUUUGACUGUCUCAAGUAUUUCCCCCAGAACUUUUUCAGGAAAUGGAAGUCAUUUGGCUGAUAUUUGCUUAAUGACUCCAGACUGCUUAAAUUAUUGGAUAGAGAUAGUAAUUUAUUUUAAGGACAAAGUGACAAAGUGGGGAAAUUUAUAAAGCUAAAUAUUAUAUAUUUUAUUUUUCAUACAUGUUUGAAGUGCAAAUCUGUGGAAAUUCCAUGUGUAGGACCAAGUUGACAUGCCCAUCCUAACGUUGUAUGCUACAAGAACUCUUCUGAUGGUGGAAUUUUGAUUAAAGUGCAAUGGAAGAUGCCUCA